AUGGCCAACAGCUCUGAUGUGGUGAAGAAAAUCAUGAAGCUCAAACUGGAGAAGGAGCCUGUGGAGCCUGAUUUCUGUGACGUCUCUGAGGAGUCUGCAGUCUUCACCGGCCAGCGUCUUAACAGGAAGAUGCAGGUGUACUCUGGUGCCAAGACCGUUUUUCUCCCAGCCAUGCUGAGCUUGUACCAGCAGUGUAUCCGCACCCUCCAGAACAACAUUAACUUGCUUUAUGAAACUGGCGGGGUCCCGUUUGAAAUCCUCGAGCCUGUGUUGGAGAAGUGUACCCCAGAGCAGCUGCUACGCAUCGAAGAAUGUAACCCAAUCUAUGUCGGCGUGACAGACCAUUUAUGGGGCAAACAUUGUCAGAGAGACUUCAAAGACUCCAAACUUCAAGAGUAUGAAUCAUGGAAAGAGAUGUACAUCAGGCUAUCUGAAGAGAGAGAAAGGAAACUCAAAAGACUGACAAAAACUAUUGUCUCAGCACAAUCUCAGAAACCCAAAGGUCGGCAGGUGAAGAUGGCAUUUAUUCACACGGUUGCCAAGCCACCGAGAGAUGUGCGAAUUCAGCAGGAAAUUCAUGGAACUGCUGUUCAGCAGUCUCAUCAGCCCAGGAGCAGUGUCAAGGUUCAGGACAAUCGAUCGAAGCAGAGUUAUGAGCCCAGCAGGCCCAGCAGCACCAGUUCAGGGGGAAGCGGAACACAGGAUGCGCGCAAAAAAACAAGAGUGGCUCCAAUGAUGGCGAAGUCCUUGAAGGCAUUUAAGAAACAGCUCGGACGUAGAUAAGUGUUUAUACAAUGCUACGGUGUGGAUGUGCACAACAUGAACUCGAUCAAUGAUUAACUCUGGGCAGUAAUAAGCCUGUGUUCACUUUAGAUUAUUCUGUGUUGCUUGUCUAUAUGUACUGUGAUCAGGCAGUGCCAUGUCUCUUUUCUGCAAGUUGUCUUCACUAUUAAAUGGGCCAUGAAGUCAGCAAAUUUA